AGCGGCAGCAGAGGCGGCACGUUCGUACUCGGUUGCUCGGAAACGGUUUUUCGCGCUGCGGUUUGUCUGUGUCAGUGUGUGUGUGAGUGUUUACACGGAUUAUUAGUGAGAGACAUCAUGUCUCCUGCUGUAGCCAGGCCGUCGCUCAGCUCCUGUGCUCACUGAGGGAUGAAGAGCCGCCGGCAGAGGACGGUGAAGGCGGGAACCGGCAAGAAGAGAGUCCCCAGCGAUGUGUCCCCCUCCACCAGCCUCCCUCCUCUGGUCGAGGGCCAGCUAAGAUGCUUCCUGCGGGUGACGUUAAGCCGGGUGCUAUGGACCGUCCACAAGCCUCCGUCUACAACGUUUGUCAGGCUGCGCUGGUGGGGGGAGUCCUCCAACGGGACACACUUCAUCCCGAGGGAUGGAUCACAGCAGUCCCAGAAAACCAUCAAGACCACAGCUCGGUUCCCCAUCCGCUGUGGGCCGAAGCAGUUCACCUCAUAUCUUACAGACAUGGGCUCUCUGGUACUGGAAGUUCUGACAAAACUGGAUCAUUUGCCGAUCGCACGGGCUCAGGUUGCAGGCAUCUCUCGUCUCUCUCUGUCACACCCCAUUAGUGGAUUUUACACCCUUGUAUCUCCGACGUCUGAGAAGCUGGGAGAGUUACAGGUUUCACUUAAUUUGGAGGCUCUGACUGAAGCCUAUGACAGCAGCAGCUCAGGUCCCACAGAUAUCAGCAUUGAGGUACCACAAGUCACCACACUGACUGUACCAUCGCAGCCCAGAUCGCUCUCAGCAGGCAGUGGGAAAGAAUCAGCGGGAGGCAGCAGUGGAAACACACCAAGAGGGAAAGACCACUUAUAUUUCCAAAAUGCCCAAAGAAACAAAGAAGAGUCUCUGGAGAAUCAGAUGCCGAGAACAGACAGACCUCAGAACAGUCAAACAGCUCUGAACCCUUCAAGCCAGGAACCAAGUGGCCAAGCAAGCAGUGAUAUCCUCUCAGUUAUUCUAGAGCGUGGAAACAAGCUGAGAAAUGCUAUGGUGAUAUCAGCCUUGAAAUGUGACACGGAUUCUGGCCCAGCUCUGAAAGACACCCCUCUCCCUCUCCCAAAGGAUAACGUCCUGCCUCCAUCUAAGCCCUUCCCUCCUCCUCCCUCUGGGAUGUUUCUUCAAAAUAUUCUUCAUGCUGAUUCAGCUCUGAAGCGCUCUGAUGAAGCUGCUGUAAUCCCAGACUGUGACUUCGACUGUGCUGCUGACAUGGAUAACAGAGCUGUUGAUUUGCUCCUCGGCAGCUUAAACACCUCUCCUCUCCCUCUCUGGGAUGUCGAGGACUCUCUACCUGAAUCUCUGUCUGGUCACAGCAGUGUGUGUGGAGACAGUGAGCUCAAUGAUCCACAGUAUGAUCAGAGCUUACUGGAGAAUUUGUUCUACAAAACUCCUGUGUCAGAUAUCAGACCAAAUGACACUGAGCCCUUGAGUGAAAAACAGCUGACACAGUCUGGACCAAAGAUUAGUGGAGGUCCGAAUUCAGAGCCUCAGAGGUCUACAGACGCUGGUGGGAUUCCUCCUGGCCUGAGCACAGAGCAGCUGACUUUGCUGAGUUUGAUCCGGCUGGCGAGAGUGAGCGUCGACUCGCUGGCUGUAUCUACAGGCAGUACCACACAGAGAAAGACCUUGAGUAAAGGGAAACCUCCACGACCAUUAACCAGCAAGAAGUGCACGUAUUUUAUUGAGUACGUGUUCCCGGUGGCUUCCACUUCCAGUCGACAUGAUCGUAGCAAGGGUGGAGAUGGAGAGGUGACCAGAGCUGUUUCCAGUAAAGUCACAGGAGGAGCGGUGAAGUUCCAGCAGCACUCCGUCUUUGCUGUCCACCUCAACGCUGCAACAGUUAAACAGUGGUGGGGAACUGAUCUGACUUUCAAGAUUUACUCACGAAAGAGCGACCAGAAGAAACCUGUUCUCAUCGGUAAAGCGGUUCACCCACUGCGCUGUCUGCUGCAGAGCCAGCGGCUGAGUCAGUGUGUCGUCUUACCUGUGCAGAGCGAGGAAGGAAACUGUGAAACGCAGGAAGUAGGACCUCUCAAGGUGUCUCUAGAACUUACUACAGACAACAAAGAUUUCUCCUCUAAAAGCAAGGUGGCAUGGAGAGACAAAUCGCCUGCGCAAACUGUACCCAGUCCACAGAGAGAGGCGAGCCCCAGACCUCAACAUGCUGACGUUGGCAGGGAGGAGAUAGCAGCUGGCUCUUUAGAAGAUUCGAGGCUUAAUGCUUGGAGUCCUCAGAAACCCACAAAAGAACCAGCUCCCCACCCCAUUCUCCACACAUCUCCUCAUAGAUCCCAGCAGCAUGUUGAGGAGGACCCUGAGGUCUUGCUGCACACCUUACUCAUGGUGCCAGACGGAAAGAACUUCAGUAGUGGGUCCAGUCAGGCUCCAAACGUGUACUUGAACUGUAAACUCUUUUGGUGCGAUGAGAUGGCGAGGUCUGUCAUCAGCUGGGGUCAGGCUAACCCUUCUUUCAGUUUUGUUCAGGUGACUCCUGUUGCCUUAACAACUAAGCUGCUGGAGCGGAUGAAGAAUAAUGUGAUGGUGAUCGAGGUGUGGCAGAAGACGGGAGGUUCGGGACAGGAUCGACUGCUCGGCCUCGUUAAAUUACCUCUUCACCAAUUCUACAUGUCGUUUAGGGAUCCAAAGAUCGCCCACCUUCUUCUCCAGGCACAGUACCCAGUUCUAGGGGUGGACUGCUACAUGCCGGUCAUUGACGUGUUCUCAGGUAGUUGUAAAGGAAACCUCCGGGUUGUUUUGGCUAUGGGCCGAUCGGAGCAGAUCGUUUCCCUGCAGCACACGAGGGAUGAAGAAUACGACUCUUUAUCUCAUCUUGUGAGGCCAGUUCAUCUGCUUGAUCAUCAGCCACAUGCACAAACAAAGGCGACUGCGGCACGACGGGAAACGAUGAGAGAGCAUCUGUUUGUGAUAAAGGUGGAGAAGGUAAAUGGGCUGACACCUCUGCAGUCCACGGUGUGGGGUGAAGCUGACUGCUACGUCCAGUACAGUUUCCCCUGUCAGGAGGGUGACCCUGCUGCAGAAGUGGACCAAAACCUCAUAGAGACUAGCGUGAAUCUGAAGCCGUUUCGUACCACGACAACUCUGUGUGUCCCCAACCCGAUGUUUGGCCACACUGAGACUCAUGUGCUUCUGGCUCCUGAAGGAGUUCCUGUUCAGAGGCUGCUGCUCAGCUCUCUGUCAAGUCAAGGCCUGAGUAGUGGAGGAGGGGUCCAGUUUGAAGUGUGGUGCAGAUAUUAUUAUCCAAAUGUUCGAGACCAGCUUGUAGCCAAAGGACUGCUGCCGCUGUCCAAACUGUGUGCCAUGGUCACCAUGCAGAGGCAGCAGCCUGACGAGGCUCAAAUGUUCUCCCUGCCCCUGAUUCCCAGGACAGACAGUCCCUCAGGAUGUCAGCCUCAUCCCUCAGGCUUGCUGGAUGUGUGCAUUCGUUACAAACACAGACCGGUGAGACCUGAAGGGCAGAGCGGUACAGGCGCUGCCUCUCGGGUCGUGACACUCGUGGUUCAGGUGCACAGAGCAUCGGGUCUGCAGGCCGCAGCCAGGGUCGUAUCUGAAAAAGACGAAAGAUUCAGGUACUUUGUCGGUGUGGGAGUGAACACCUACGUCACGGUCCAGCUCUCCUUCCUGCCUGUGAAUGACAGGAGGAGCACCCGCAUAUCUGCCAGGUCCUUCUGCCCGGAGUUCGACCACCACAUGGAGGUGUCCUGUGAUCUGCUGGCUCUGAGGAGCAGCGGAGAAACCUGCAGCCUGGCUGAGCUGCUGGAGGAAGCAUCCGCUGUCUUCACCGUGUGGAACAAAGACAAUCGCAAAGCAGUGCCGACUAAAGAUGUGAUGUUGGGCACAGUGAAGAUACCACUGGCUGAUCUCGUCCAUAAAAGAACAGGUAUCUCCGGCUGGUUUGGUGUGUAUAAACCUCAGGAAUCAAACUCUCCUCAGCGCCAGCAGGUUUUGGUCGGAGGCCUUGAGGUCUCUGUCAACUUCGUCCACCACUCGGACAGGGAAAGAGUCAUUAAAGCUGCUCAGGGUGUGGGCUGGGAAAUGUCUCAGGAUGAAGUGGAAGACGAUGUCGACCCCUGUGAAAAAAGCAUGAGAAAAUUGUCUUUGACUUUUUCGAUGCCUAGAGUGUGGCUACCUGUCCACUGCUUGCUUCUGCCAGACCACAGUGAGCUUCAGCGCUCCACCUACUGCUACGUCAGGUACAGGUUCUACGACCAGGAUGCCUUCUGCUCCGAGAUGAGACACCCAUCUGUUGUGGAGGGUGGAGAAGAAGGCCAGGCCACGGUGAGCUUCCAGGGAAGUAAAUCUGUGCUGCUGAGGAGCACUCAGCCCUUGAUGUGGUAUCUCAGAGAGGAGAGGCUGGAGAUUCAGGUGUGGGUCGCCUUUCAAAAAGACAAAACCCAAAGACCCAGAGACACAGACCGACUGGUGGGUUCAGCGUUUGUCGACCUGUCCCCUCUUGCAAAGACGCCCAAGCAGAAGCUCACUCUCAGUGGAGUGUAUCCGCUGUUCAGACGCUCAGCAACAGAUCUGCAAGGGGCUGCUCUCAGGGUCCACAUCACCCUGACAGCAGGUUUCGUCCCUGCUGAGGACACCCAUGUGGACUCGGACAGUCAAGGGGAGCUCCUGUCAGACGAGGCUGAAGAAGCAGAUCGAGCCCCCUCGCCCUCUACGCCCAGAAACUCACAAAACAGACACAAGAAUAAAUCCAGAACAACUCCAGACAUCACGUCUGUGCAGCACACAGAGAUGAGUGCGGAUGAAUCUUUUCCUGUGACUGUUGCAGUGGAUCGGGCGAUGCACCUUAAUCUGAAAGGUUGUCCUCUAGCAGAGCGCAGUGAAGGCUCACCAUGCUGCUGUGUUUCCUACAUCACUGCAGACUCUGCUGAACCAGCGUCCACAGCUGUCAUAGCCAACACCGACUCUCCCGUGUGGGACCAUCAGCACCAGUGCAGGCUUUCGAAGCAGCUACUGAUCGAUCCUCAACAGUCUCUCGUGUUCAAAGUCUGGCACAAAGGAGAAAUGGAGAGGGUGAUUGGAUUUGCCUCUGUGGACCUGUCCCCCUUACUCUCUGGGUUCCAGUCAGUGUGUGGUUGGUACAACAUCACAGACUUCAGCGGUCAGUGUCACGGCCAGCUCAAAGUGUCCAUCACUCCGUUAAAGGGCGUCCAAGAUCUCCGCGAACAGAGAAAAACUGUGAACGAAGAAGCUGCCAAAAGCUCCCCGGCUUUAUUUAGGUCACACCAUCUCAGCUACCACACCACAGCCUCAUACAGCAGCUUCCCCUCUCACAUCAGCCGAUACCCUGAGCAGAAGAUCUCGUCACCUGACCACUCGAACAGGAUGUUCUCUGAAAGUGAGAGUGACCGUCAUUGUGAGCACAUGGACAAAGUACGCCUUUACCAUCAGAGUCUGCAGGAGCAAACAGCAGCUCACUCUGUCUGCAGCAGCAGCGCGAGUGACAUAAAUCCCUCCAGCUCGAUCCUGUUUUCAGCACUCAGGAAAAAACUGAGUGAGCUCGACAACAUCCAGAAAUACUUCAGCCGUAAGCUUUCAACUCCCACGUUUCCAGCCAUGAGUGAACAGGACUUUCCCAACAAGUGUGAACAAGAACAGAGGGACACAGACGCGUGUCAGCUUCUUCUCAAGUCCAACCAGUUAGUUGGAGAAGUCAACAACAUCAUUAGUGGUUUACGAGGACAACACCACCUAGAAACAAUUCCCUCAAACACACAGAGCAGCCCGACAACUUCCCCUCUUGGAGACAACAACCCUCAGACGAUCCCUGAGAGUAUCUCCCGUCCACGCACAGUUUCAGUUUCGUCCCAAGAAGAUGUGAUUCUUCUGUCCAAGAUUUCAGAGGACCACACAGACUCUGAGCCUGAAGAAGAAGAAAAAGAGUCAGAGGAUGAAAACAAAGAAGGAACAGAUGAAGAUGAAUACGGGACAACUUUCAGACGGGACAAGGAAGCUGAUGACGAUGAUGAAGAGGAAGAUGAAGACUACGAGGAGGUUGUGGUGAAGCCAAGAACUCUAAAUGAGCUGACCUCUUUAACAGACAAGACUAGUCCUUGGACCAGCAUCAUGUCAGACCCUGAUCUGGUUUCUCUGGAGAGCCUGGAGGCACCAGAGGAGCCGGACCUGAGCCAAGACGAGGACGGGAAGAGGGCGGUGUUAAAUCUGCAAACUUGUGACUCUGGAGAGGAACGUGACGAAGAAGAAGACUCAGACCGAGAGGAAGACAGGACGCUACAAGAUGUGAGACAAGCAAGUGAAGCCGACAGUUCCAUCGAGGAGUCAGGUGACGAAGGUUUGUCACCCAACACAGAGCACGCCACAGAUACCCAUGAUGCUUCAUGCUCACGGGACAACGAAGACACGCCACUGGAUGCUGUGAGCAGCUCCGUGCCUGUCGACGUCCCUAAUUUCUUCCUCCCGUCUCACCAACUGGAGGCGUCCAUGAGAGCCAUACGAUUAGCUCCUUCUUUCUCCCAGAUGUCCAGUGACCCGCUCGCUCUAUUCUAGGACACUGCUGUGAUGUAACCAAAGGUCUGUGGCAGCUGUUUUAUUACAAGAACAAAACACUCCCCGCUCCACUCCCCUUCCCUAAUGGUUAGGCCUCUGGCGUCUGUGACGACAUCUAAUAAAAUCAGACCGGUAACAGCUGGUUUUGUUUUGGAAAUGUCACAUUGUGAGUUACAUUUCAUAAGUUUGUUAGUUUAUUGAAUUAAAUGGCACAAUACAACAAAAUAACCUCACAUGAUCAAAUGAAAGCAAUAUUCUGGACACAAAACAAUUUUGUCAAGACAAAAUAAAAUUAAAGUACACAUCAUUCUGUAAAUAAGGUGGUUAAUAUUGUUGUUGUUUAGUUUUUACUCACAUAUUACUCAGAUCUUCAGAGUCGGAAGGCGUAACAUUACAUUUUUUUCUAUGUAGCAGUGCCACAGAGCCAAAUGUUCUUGUAAUUCAUGUUAUGUGUGGAAAGUAUUCACACGCCUUCACAUCUUUUAAAUUUUCUACAUUGUCUUGAAGGAGUUGCGAUAUACUCUAAAUACUUGUCGGCUGCUUUGCCUUCACACUGCGGGCCAACUCAUCCCAAACAAUUUCACCUGGGUGAUUGUGAAGGCCAGGUCGUCUGAUGCAGAGAGCCUGGAGGUGUGUUUUAGGUCCCACGAAGAUCAAACCAUGUCACUGAUGAAUGAUAUGGCAGCCUUGAAUUUAUUUUUAAAAAUCGCCAACAGUGUCACCUGCAAAGCACCUCCACCUCCCUGCUUCAAGGUGGGAACCACACAUGCAGAUAUGGUCAGUUGUCCACACAGUAACUGGAAUGAAAUUUGGAGAUUUCAAAGUAGGUUAGGUUGAAUCAGAUGGUGCGUUCAAAUUUGUGAACGUUAUUUAAUUUCAAUCUGAGCUCAGGUGCGUCCUGUUUGCUUUUUAUUAUCCUUCCACCUUCAUGAACUGCAGGCUUGGUUUGUAGAUACCAUGAUUUAAAAUUCAUCAAUCUGCUUCAGGUGUAUCAGCAAACACGAAGAGACUUCAACUUAAACUGGUAUUAAUCAAAGAGGUUUGAGUCGUUGACAUUCUGCAAAACUGGUGAAGCACGUUGAUAUUGUGUGCACAUAUUUACACUUCCAUCAUUCAGACCAGAGGCAAACCGUUCAGCCAGGUCACUCUCAGUCAGCCAUGGGAAAAGUAUUUCUGCGUCACACCAGUUGGAGGAUCCAGUUUUGUGGAGGGUGUGGAGGUGACAGGUGAAGGGUGAUGUGUCUGUUUGCAGGAGCUAGUUCUAACUAGUUAAUUGUUCCAGAUCUGAAGAUUGUACACUGUACUAGAGACGGACAUGCCUGUUUAACACUAAAAUGAACUUUAGACAAGGAAAGGCUUGCUGUGUUUGAGUGGCGACUUGCCACACACCUCAGACACAAUAAAAUAUCGUUUGACUAAUUAGUCUGCUUGUUUUGAGUCACGCCUUGUAAGUGUGUUAUCUUCAUCAUACUUUCAAUGUUACUCAUACCUCCAGGUGUGUUUUUUCUUG